AUGGAACAGGAAGUAGAAUCCUUGCUGAGGAAGGAGGCCAUCGAGGUGGUCCCUCCUCAUGCUGUGGAAUCUGGGUUUUACAGCCGCUAUUUCAUUGUUCCGAAGAAGGAUGGGGGGUUGCGUCCCAUCAUAGAUCGGAGGGUCUUGAACCGCUCAGUCAACAGACUGAAGAUCAAUAUGCUUACCAUCAAGCAUGUGGUGACUCAAAUCAGAUCCGAGGACUGGUUUGUCAACAUAGAUCUGAAGGACGCAUACUUCCAUCUAUCCAUCCUUCCUCAACACAGGAAGUUUCUGAGGUUUGCUUUCGGGGGCGUAGCAUACCAAUAUCGAGUACUUCUGUUCGGCCUAGCACUCUCACCCCGCACAUUUACAAAGUGUAUGGACGCAGCUCUGGCUCCACUGAGACUCCAGGGCAUCCGCAUACUCAACUAUAUCGACGAUUGGGGAGCGACGUCAUGGACGUCCACCCGCACUCACUCUUCCUGCCUAUUUGACACCCCUGCAGCCUUCUGGCCACGGGGGAGACGCUCCACCAAGACUCACUCUUCCUGCCUAUUUGACACCCCCUGCAGCCUUCUGGCCUGUUCUGGCAACUCUGUCAACGAGGUCGUCGACAGGUACCAGGAGGCCCAUAAACAGGCGCACUUCCUCCCAGACCUGAGAGGUCACCAUGUGUUGCUGCACUCCGACAACACAGCGGUGGUCUCUUACAUCAACCACCAGGGAGGGCUGUGUUCGCGCCUCCUUGAGAGAGCGCACUCAACUAGGGGUAUGUCGGCCUCCAAGGCCUAUCUUAGCGGUGUGCCCCUCAGGGACAUCUGCAACGCUGCAGGGUGGUCCACGCCCUCCACUUUCACCCGUUUUUACAAUCUAGACAUGAGGGCCGCCCCUGGCUCCUCUGUCUUAUCCUGA